AGUGGAAAGACUUCAGCCGAGUCGCGUCCCCGUGACUGUAAGGCACUAAUUUACAUAGUUCAUUAGUCAGAAAUCCCCCUGGGAAUAAAUCCGUGUUGUAACAUAUGUAUGGAAGACGGACAGUCAGGUCUUUGGAAGACAAGGAUACAACACUGGAGUACAGUUUUCAUGACUUAUUGGAAGCAUAAACGCGGGUUCCGGUGGCGAUAUUUUUUUCCUCUCAGGAAGUUUGUCGUAUUCAACUGAACAUUAUUCUUGCUUUGUUUUGGUUGAAGAAAGCGGGGAACUAUUGGUGUCUACAGACGUCCAACCACAACUUUAUGAACCAGUUUUUUUAUUCUCCUCCUUCACAUUAAAGUCAGUUUGAUUCUUGUAUGAAUACCUCAAGUACCGUAAUUUAGGAAUUCGAAGCUCUGCGAAGUCUCAACCUCGAUGGAGUUUGUCCAGCGCUUGACAUAACAAAUCGAGUUUUUGUGUAUAAUAAAUAUAUAGGCUACACGUAGGCUAGUAUUUCUAUCUGCAAAUGUCAUUUCCGCCAGUAUAGUUGUUAACGUGUGAACUCUUAUGUCGUCUGAAUCAAAAUACUUGUGUUAUAGGUCAGAGAGGCCUUUGUGUAUUCCUAUAGAUCCAUAUUCAAGUUGCAACUCGAAGCAGUUUUAUGCAGUGCAAUGAUUAAGGUAAACGUAUCUCCAGCAUAAACUAUUUUGAAUUCAAACUUGGCAACACACAGAGGGGAUUCUGCAAAGUUAGCAGGAGGAGUUGCCAUCAAAAAUCGCGGAAAUCAUACGGUAUUUGCCUCUGGCGAGCUGUUACUCAUUAAUGGAUGUCAUACAGGCCAUACUGUCACUUACAUCUUGUCUAGUAGCGCCUGAAAUCGCUGACAUCUAGUGUGACUUAUGAACAUGUUUUGGAAAUUUGAGUUUUCCAAAUACCCGAGACUGCGGCGGAGCGAAAUCUUUGUUUUUGGACCACAGCUGGACCAGUCUUAUGUGGGAUUUUCCACUGGACAAUUUUCAGUGUAAACCCCACAGUUGUCUGAUGUGACCGUGUUUGCUUUUACAACUUGGAAAGCGUCAUUCUGUGCGUGUGCUCCAACUUUUCCUUGAAGAACAACAGCCCACGUUCCCCUGGUGGGGGGGGGGUCAGCCCCGCCAUGGCGCCCUCAUAUACAUGAACAGUCCCCAGUGUAUCCAUCUAACUGAGGACACCGAUGGACGUGGACAACCGCUGGACCUACUGUGUCAUCUCUGCCAAGACACGCCGGUGACCGGAGUGACCUGCACGCGGGAGACGCACGGUCCUGUCCUGACCGAGGUCGACACCAAGACAGGCUGAGGGUGGGUUGGCCCAGUAGAGACAAGUUUCUAAAGACUGGUUUGUAGACGUACGCAAACAUCGCCACAAUGAAUGAGAGGCAGGCUCUCCACUCUAUAAUGAAGGACCUGGUUGCCCUUCAGAUGACGCGCCGCCAACCUGUUUUGUCAUACGAUAGUGGCAAACCCAAGACGCAAGCUCAGACCAACAGACAGGGCGAUGUCAGGAUAAAGUUUGAGUUCUCAGGAGAGAGGAGGAUCCUGAUGUUUGGACGGCCUGUGCAGUUUGAAGAAAUCCAGCAAAAGGUUAAGACUGUCUUUGGACAGCAUCUAGACCUCCAUUAUAUGAACAACGAGUUGUCAAUCCCUCUGCGGGGUCAAGACGAUCUGGACAAAGCAAUCGACCUGCUGGACCGAAGCUCCAACAUGAAGAGCAUCAAGAUCCUGCUGCUCACUCAGGAGCACAGCAAGGCCUCCUCCCCCUCUCACCAAGCACCAUGUAAACAGGUGAGGAUCAAGUCUUCCCAAUCCACUGGAGACGUGAGCGCAGUGUACCAAUCCACUGAACCCAGAGGGCGCCAUCUAUCAACUGGUUCUCAGAACACAGGGCGGACCUCACCGCCUCCUGGCUAUGUGCCUGAACGCCAGCAGAGGAUCGCCCGCCAAGGUUCAUACACCAGCAUAAACAGUGAGGGGGAGUUCAUCCCUGAGACCAGCGAUCAGUGUAUGUUGGAUCCUUGGAGCAGUGCAGAGAAUUCGGUCUCUGGAAGCUGUCAGUCUCUGGACAGCAACUCAGACAGCCCCUCAUUGAGGAAGUCUCGCACGCACAGAGCAAAAAGUUACCCUGAUAAUCGUCAGGAGUGCUCAGACAGGGAGAAUCAUGUGUAUGACAGGGUAGCAGGGAAGGGAGGCACCUAUCCUCGUAGGUACCAUGUCUCCCUGCAUCACAAGGAUCACAGUGAAGGUCGUCGUACAUUUCCACGGAUUCGCCGCCCCCAGGGGAACCUGUUCACUCUGGUGCCUUCACGCCGGUCGCUCAACGGCAGCGAGGAGAGUGUGGGCAGCUGGCAGCUAGUUGAUGCUCAGGGCAGGCUGCAUCACCAGGAUCGUUCUGUUGCCCAUACAUCACCCAGUGCUCCAGUGACGUGGCGGUGGGGGAAACUUCUGGGCCAGGGAGCAUUUGGACGGGUUUACUUGUGUUACGAUGUGGAUACUGGGAGGGAGCUGGCUGCCAAGCAAGUCCAGUUUGAUCCUGACAGUCCUGAGACCAGCAAGGAGGUCAGUGCUUUGGAGUGUGAAAUCCAGCUGCUGAAAAAUCUGCAUCAUGAGCGCAUUGCUCAGUACUACGGCUGUCUGAGGGACCACAAUGAGAAGACCCUCACUAUCUUCAUGGAGUACAUGCCGGGCGGUUCAGUCAAAGACCAGCUGAAGGCCUAUGGAGCCCUGACAGAAAAUGUGACCCGGAAGUACACAAGACAGAUCCUGGAGGGCAUGUCCUACCUGCACAGCAACAUGAUUGUACACAGGGACAUCAAAGGUGCCAACAUACUGCGUGAUUCAGUGGGAAAUGUGAAGCUUGGAGAUUUUGGCGCCAGUAAGAGGCUGCAGACCAUCUGCAUGUCUGGCACCGGCAUCUGCUCAGUGACCGGCACCCCCUAUUGGAUGAGCCCAGAGGUGAUCAGUGGAGAGGGCUAUGGCAGGAAGGCUGAUGUCUGGAGCCUUGGUUGUACAGUGGUGGAGAUGCUGACAGAAAAGCCUCCGUGGGCCGAAUAUGAGGCCAUGGCGGCCAUAUUCAAGAUCGCCACUCAGCCUACCAACCCACUGCUGCCCUUGCACACUUCUGAACAGGCACGGGACUUUAUCCGCUGCAUCUUUGUGGAGGCCAAACACAGGCCGAGUGCUGAGGAGCUGCUCAGACAUCCCUUCUCCCAGAUUCUGUGCUGAGACCUGCCUGGUUUCCUAACUUACACACAGAGUAGCACAGUAGCCUCAGCAGUAGCUGUAGCUUCCUCAAAACCCAUCCAUGACAGAAGACCAGGCGUGGAACUGGCCUGAAUGUCCCUCUGCCACCAUUCAGAUGCUUCAAAGAGGAGGCACUGUUCACUCACACAGAUCCAAAGUGCAAACCAUUUGACAACUGCAGUCAGUGCAGUGCUUUGUGUACCAGCGCCUGUGCAGGCUCCCACAAGAAUCACCACCAGGGGGAAACAAAACACAGUGUGACAGAAACACAGGAUCUGAAUGCAGCAUGAUCGAAUCAUAGCUCAUGCACCAGUUGUGUCUUCUUAAAGUAUAUACUCCUGUGUUUACCUUAUUUUGAUUGGCUGUUAUGACAAAUGCCAGGAAGCCCUGAACUGCUUGACUUUUUAAUGUUUAGUUAAGCACACUUUGAAAGCUACAACAGGCCUAAUGUUCAAGUUUGCCCAGUGGGAUGCUGAAGCCAUUGGUGCACUACAGUGUUAAUUGGACAGGUUCUCUGUUUUUUUUUUUUUCUGCUUGGCAGUACUGUUUAUUUCACCUAUCCCUCAGUCACAGCCUCUUUAAGCUAUUUGUUAUGGAUUUAGCAUUUCUAGCUCCACCUCUCUGUAGACUAAGUGAAACACAGAUGAAGUGAUGUUACAUGGAGAUACAGUAUGUGUAGAGCAGCUACACAGAGUUUAAUACCAAAAUAAGCUUAAGGCAUGUUUUGGUUUCAGCCCCUCAGAAGACAUCACCAGAAGUUAAUGAUAAGAGCCAAAUACACAAAUCUGUUCACUUGUCAGUAGCUUCAGAAGACCAUUAUACACCACAUUUCCUAGCUCCAGCUUGUGCCUCUCAUGUUACCAUUACAUUCAAGUCACAGUGGAAAGCAGCUGUUGCUCUGACAAAUUAAUUCCUUGCAACUGAGCCGGUUGUUUAACAACCCUUAUCACUGUUGGGAAGGUUUUUCUAGAAUCCGCAAAGACUCUUUCUUUCAACUGGAUGAAAAAAAUUAUCUGUAGUGGAGGAUUCAGAAGAUUUUUUAACAUGUGUCAAGUUAUGACACUCACAAGAAAGAAAAAUAUUAAUAUAUUAUGUAGUUGUUACUUUUUAUUAGCUGUUAGGAGACUCUGGAAAUGCCUUCACUGCAGUGAAAAAAAUUCUUUUGAAUGACCGUCUGUUAUUGCCAGGAGAAACGAAGUGCUUAGCUCUGUAAGUUUAAUGUAAUAGUAAGAAUUGAGAGGCAAAGACUAAGGUAUGGGACUACAAUAACUGAUUAAAAUGACCCUUUAUGUUUUUCUACAGAAAAAAAAAACUCCUUAUCACUGUCAUUGUUGCUGUCCUCCUACCUCUAAAACUAACCAGUUGAGUCUGGGGCCACCUUAAUGCAUCUUGGGAACCUGAGAGAGUCUGUGCAUUUCAGUACAGACUUGGAGUCUGAAAUCAUAUGAAGUGUGGUUCUACCUGUUGCCUCAAAGUGACCUAUCCUACCUGUGUCUCUUACAGUUGUUUGGUAUCACAGCUGCUUUCAGUCUAUAAAGUGCCUAAAAGGGACAGAUACAGGAUUAUAAUAUGGACCUGGUGGCAGUAAUAUGUAAUAUAACUUAUAUGUGAAUCUGACAAUGCUUUUUAGGAAAAAAUACAAGCUUAAGGCUUUAAUCUGAAAGUUGCCUUGUUUGCCUAAGAUUGCACUGUCCAUGUGUGUCUGGCCCAAGCAUCCCUCACUGAGAAGCCUUAGCUUAAGGAUCAGUUUUAAAUCAGAUGCACUUUUAUGUUAAAUGAAUGUUGUGGAGUUUUGUUGUCUUUCCCAAAUUAGUUUUUUUUUUUUUUUAUUCAAAUGUGAAAAUUGUUUUACUUCUAUUUAUACCCCCAUGUCCAUUCCAAUUAGAUUUAAUAAGCAAAUAUAUAUGUUAAAAUAUAUUUUUUAUAUUUAGACUGUCAAAGUGGUGAUACUUUCAGGAUGUUAGAAAUCAAUCAUUAAAAGCAGCUGGUUUUGCGGAUGUUACAGAAUUGGGGUUUAUAAAUGAAAAAUGGGUGGAAAACCAACUCUGGCACCCUGGUUCUUGUUCUGGCCCAAAAUAAAAGAGCACACAUCUUUAGCUAUACAUUUAAAUGACAGUAUUACCUGACAAUUUAUUGAAACUGUGCAAUUUGGCCAUAGUAUUUUCUAUGAGGUCUCAUGAUCAACGCCUUUAAAGGAGUAACUUAAAAAAGAAAGAGCUGGGAAUAGUUUUUGUGUGAUCUCAGUAUUAUUAAAACAUAUGUAAGGUGCGUGUGUGUGCGUGUGAGCCAAACGAUCAGAGCCGGUGCUGGGUGUCAGAGUUUGCUGUUCAAUCCAGAUGACGAUUUUGUUUAUCCCAGGGUUUAGAUAACGAGUCCAGUAAUCAGUGAAUUUCUGAGCAAAGGGCUUGCUGCUGCCUUAACGCUAAUGGGCUGCUACAUGCUAAAGGGCAGCUAAAAACAUGUUCAGUGUUGAAAAUGUUGCAAUUCUAAGACAAAGGACCCUGAGAUAAGCAAAUGAAUACAAACUAGUUCUUAGAAAUCUGCAUAUGUAAAUGUAUGAUUAUGUAUCAUGACAAGACUUGCAGUGCAAAGUCUAAUGUAUCAGAUUUAUUUUACAGCAAGAAGAGAAUAGUAUGUUUAAUGAC